CCAGGGAAGGUUAUUCGCCUGAGGCGGCAUCAAGGCAAACGGGAGAGUAGGGAACGAAUGCGAGUGUUUCAAGCACUCGUCCGAGUUGUCCUAUACCCACCGUUCACGCCUUUCACUGGCAUCUGCUCGAAAUGUUCAUCAGCAAGACUCACAAACACACCGACCCAACACACGUACAGACAGGUCGUCAGGCCUAAACGGAUAGACGUCGAGGCGGACGAGUCAGCCUCGUGUACCGGCCUGCAUUUGGUCUGGCGUAGAAACGCCCAACCGACCCUACAGAUGUUGGUGUCGAUGGUGUUUACACGAUUGCGGAGGCGCUUAAAUGGCCCGGAGGCUGCUCUUGGACUUGUGGUCGCGCCCAGAAACACAGAGGCAACAUGGCUAGCGUGUAGGCGUGUGCAGCCCGGCUCUGCUGAGACUGACGAGUUGGCGACCGGAGACAGACGAGAUGAGGAUGGCCACCAGAGCGGAAGGACUUUUUUGUCGCUUGUCAUACUUUAG